AUGGCAUUCCCUGUGGAUAUGUUGAACAGUCAUGAGGACUUGGAGAGCUCUGCAGAAGACUACUUGUCUGACCUUCGGUGUGGGGAUCCAAAUUGUCCUGAAUUCUUGUCCCUGCCAGACCACGGCAAAAUUCCUAUUAGCUUGUCAACUGUGGGCUUCGUUCCUCUUUAUGGUGGAGAGCAGACACACAAAGUUCUUGCUUUGUUUGCACCAGAGGACUCGCUCACAGGAAGUAUUUGUAGCUCUUCUCUUACUCAGAGUUAUCAGCUGCCAGUGCUAGACACAAUGUUUGUAAGAAAGAAACAUCGUGGGAAAGACUUUGGGCUAAUCAUGUUGGAAGACUUCGUGGAUUCCUUUACUGAAGACACUCUUGGCCUACGAUACCCACUGUCAUCCUUCAUGUACAUAGCUUGUAAGCACUAUUUUGAGAAGUACCCUGGGGAUCAUGAACUUUUGUGGGAAGUGGAGGGAGCAGGACAUUGGUUUCAGAGAACACCUAUUACCACUGUAUUGCAAAGGGAAAAACUCAAAAUUGCAGGUAUGGAUAAAGAAAAUACAAGUUUCCAAGCAGAGGAUUAUUUUCGACAGUCUGCAGCAGAAUCUGAAGAAAGUGGACAAAAGACUGAGCUAGAAAUACAGCUAAGUGCUGACUCUCAAAAAGGUAAAGAAUCAAUAGAUGCCCAUGCAAGCACAUCUGAAGACCCUGACAUAACUCCCGUUUCCAUUCGGAUACGAAGCAGUCAUUUAAAACAUCCCAGGAUAGGAAAAAAUAGCCAGGAAUCUGAACCUGAAACUUCCAAAGGAAAUGAGGAAAAUGUUCUUCAUGUGUCAGAAAGCAGGCUAGAACUUCCUGCCCACACAUUUGAAAGCUCUGAAGACUUAGUAGAAGAACCUGAGGAGAAUGCUGUUGCGAAUGAUGAGGAAAUGAUUGUUGAAAAUAAGGACCGAUCUGUAUCAGAAAUGGAGUUACAUGCAUCACCCCCUGAGAAAUGGAGUGAGAAGGAGGAAACUCCAUCUGAACCUCUUAACGGUGAGGUAACAGAAGAAAUUGGUAAAAUUAUGGCUGAAGAGGAAACGGAAAAUGAAGUUCUAGGUGGUGAAUCAAAAUUGCAGUCUGAGAGUCAAGGAGAAGAACCCUUAACGCUGUUUGUUCCAUUAAUCCUUGAGUCUCCAGCAAAACCUUCGGAAGACACUGUAUCAGAGAAAGUUUUAAAUGCAAAUGAUUCAGAAGUGCUGACUGAAGAAAGCACAUCAGUAGAGGAGGGCACUGAAGAACACCACCAAGAAUCUGAAAAGAAGUUGUCAUCCACUGAAAAUGCAGCUGCUUCAGCACGGAAGGAAGAACCCUCUGACAGUGGCCUGCCCAACUCUAUGGUAAUUCAAGCAGCAGAAGAAUCUGUUUCUGAAAAUGUAUUGCCUAAAACAGCUUCCUCAGUGGAAGAUCAAAAUGAGGAAGCAGGGCAUGACUCACAGAAAGCCCCUGUUGCUUUGAGUCGGAGCUCUUUGAUAGUGGUUGAACUCGAGGGUGUUUCUUUUCAGCAGCCUUCUGGACAGGAAGUACAGAAGAACCAGUUGGAAGAACACUCAGAAGAGUCUGCUGAGCAGAUGGAUCAGUACACACAGACAGUGGCAGAGCGGGCUGCUGACAGCAGCUCUGAGGAAGCAGAAAUUGAGGUACCCAUUGUAGAUAGGAGAAACUUGCGAAGAAAGGCCAAAGGUUACAAAGGUCCACCCAAGAAAAAAGGAAAGCUGGCUUAA